GUUGGGGGAACCUCCAGCUGCUGCCCGGGCGCACGUGGGUGGGCGUCCGCAUGGAGGAAGCGGCGGCAGCAGCGGCGGCGCUGGUGGGGGGCCCCGGCCCGGGACUGGGGCUGCGCGGGGGUCUGAUGGCUGUCAGCGGAGGGAGCAGGGUGCUGGCCGCCCGGUACCAGGAGCUCAGGGCCAGUAAUGAUGGCGAUCUCUUUGUGUAUGACUGUGUCACUGCAAACAAGAGGACACAAGAGAAAGGACAAGCUGGACAGACAACAGAUAAAGCGAGCAAUGACAUCUUAGCUUUUGCCUUCUCUUCAUCAGGAAAUUAUUUUGCUUUGACAGAUGACAACAAGCAUCUCAUUCUUUUUUGUACAAAGCCUUCCUGGGAAUGCAUUAGCAUCAGGUCGGUAGUUAGGAGAAGUACCUCCUUGAUUAUUACAGCAGCAGAAGAUAAGAUUCUGAUUGCAGACAAAUCUGGAGAUGUUUAUUCUUAUUCCAUAACAGACCCUCAAGCAGCAGGAAAGCUUGAGCUUGGGCACCUUUCUCUGCUAAUGGACAUAGCACUGAGUCCUGACGAUCAGUAUAUCCUAACUGCAGACCGAGAUGAGAAGAUUAGAGUCAGUUUCACUAGAGCUCCACAUAACAUCGUAGCCUUUUGCCUUGGGCAUAAAGAGUUUGUAAGCAGAAUAUUUGUAAUACCCGACUUUCCUGAUCUUCUGUUAUCAGCUUCUGGGGAUUGUACUUUGAGGCUUUGGGAAUAUAAAAGUGGAAAAGAAGUGUACUGCUGUCAUCUAAACAGUAUCAGCAAGCCUGAUGCAACCAACAAUGACAAGAAAUAUGCUGUGUCAAGAAUUUCUUAUUGUUGUCAAGGAAGUUACAUUGCCAUUUUAUGUGACUGUAUUCCCACAGUUUACAUAUUCCAGCUUGUUGCUGAUACUCAGCAGCUAAUUCACAAACAGCAAAUCCCUUUGAACCAUAAAGGCUGGGAUGUUGCCUUGGAGGAAACGGGCGAGCUCUGGAUUUUCCAGGAAAACAAAGUAACACCUCUUCUGUUGUACAAGCCUAUGGAUGGGCAGUGGCAGCCUGUGAAUGAUGACAAAGGAUUACUGAAAAUGUCAAAAUACCUGCACGACAACUGGACAGUGUUUGAAGGGUCUGUGGGUACAGACAGCUGCUAUCGCACUCUCUAUAAGGCUUCAUUUGAUAACAUGACCACUUAUCUACAGAAGAAAGAGGAAAGGUUACAGCAGCAGCAGAAGAGGAAAAGAAAAGAGCUACAGCAUGGUACUAAUGGACAAAAUAAAAAGAUCAAGACACGAGAACCUCCCUUAUGACACUGACUGCACCAUUUGCAUGUGACUUCCACCAUACUUAAAACCAACUGAUCUAGGCACUGAAUUUUUUUUCCCUUUUAGUGUCAAAUAAAUGACAGACAGCCAUUAGUGUUUGUACACUCAAUCUAAGAUGGGCUUCCUAAUGAAUCAAGCUAAUGUUAACAUGGCAAUAUCUCGCUUGGAAAAGAUACUGUAUUUGCUGUAUAUACUGUUUCUUGCCAUAUGUAUCAUCCUAAUAAUUUGAGAUUUAUAGUGGCUGCUUAAAAGAGAGUGUGAAUGCAGUUUUAAGAAUCUAAAGCUUAAUAACUUCAGAUUGGAGAUAGAGCUUUACUUGAAGAAUGGGAUUGAUAUUGUCUACUCUUUUCCAAAUGUCACCUAUGUUUAGACUAGUUUCUCAAGUGGGAAAAUGUACUAGUUUGAAGCUUACACCAAGUUUUUAGUUUUGUUUUAGACUGUUCACUUAAUAACAGCCUGUAAGAGGAAUCAUGCAAAAUGAACAUUGUAUUUCUUAUUACGUAUGUAAGGCUGUAGAUGGCAGGUUCUUGCUGCUGCUUGUUUUAAGUUUUACCCCUGCAGAUGUUAUGUUGUGACUUCUGCCUUAAGAUCCAGUUCAGCACUACUUGGAGUAACCUCCCCCAGGAACCACAGAAGAAUAGUUUUUUUGUACGCAGUAAAAGGCGUCAACCAGCCCACCACUUACUACUUGAAAAUGACUUCUGUUGCAUUCUGAUUCUCCAGCUUGUCUUUGAAAAUGGCUUCUGAGAACACCGAGGAAUAUUUUAUACCUUUUGCUUUCAAUGGAAAUUUGUUUGGAAGCUAGAAUCUAAUCUUUAGUCCUAUGGCAUUCAUUCUUUUGUUAGAUUACGGUGUCAAAGUUAAUAUAAUGACAGAAUGUGUAUUGUAUGCACCAGAAUGCAUCUUGUUUUCAUAGAAUAUGCUGUUUGUCAGAUGAGACUGUAAAACCAGGGUUUGUAAAUAUGUAUGAUCCAGCAAAAAUAUAUGAAAGUAUGAACUGAGAAUAUUUAUCCUACUCCUUUUACCACUUCAUGUUUAGUUUAAAGUGGUAAAACAUGACAUGCAAUUGAUAUGCAGAAGGGACUGACAAACUAAAUGUGAGGAGUGAGGGGGAAAACAUGGAACACUUCUGGCAUACUGGCUGUUCAGGAAUGAUGUAGAACCUGCUGUUGGCAUCCACUCCAAGUAGGGGACAGAACUACCAUAUUCAGGAUUGGGGCCCAUCUAGUCUUACUGAUGUUUAAAAAAAAAAUUCUUAACAUUGAUUUGUUUUGAAAGUUCCUUUUGGGACAUAAGUGUUGUAUGGGCUACUAUGGAACUACAGAUGUAAGAAUUUCAUCUUAAUGGUUCAAUGCCUGUUCCUUUUAUAAUUGCUUUAAGGAGCCUUUAGAGCUUCUAUUAAAUGACUUGUGCCUUGGUGUCAGAUGUGAGACAAGGAUUAGCUACUCAGUGGGUACAGCUGUCUGCAAGUGCAUGAAUGUGCCGUAAUCAACAUUACUGCAAUAUAGCACCAUUGCAUGCUUUAUUGUGACGCUAAUGCACAGCAGACUCAUUCUACUGUGCAUUAGCAUGGUUUCUGCCUGCUGUGCUAAUGCACAAUAGAAUUAGUCUAUUGUGCAUUUAGUAUCUUGUGUUGACAUGCUCUGUGUCCCAGCAGCAUCACCCCUUGAUCCUGACAAAGUGAGCCUUCACACAGUGCCACAUUCCAAAUGUUUCUAUCACUAAAAGUUUUCUACCAAACUAACUCUGAGCUAAAUUCACAAUAGGGUGUAGGUGUUUCAGCUGAACACCUAGGUGCCAUGGAGAGCUUUUAAACCUCUGCUAAGUUGGCAUCUAUAGGCUUCUAGUGCACGCUGUCAGAUUAGGCCUCUCAUAUAAGCAGCAAGGGGUAAGACUGAAGGUAAAGGAAGGAAAGUGUAUUCCCUCCUACUCAAGGUUUCCUAGGUGAAAGUCCCAAAAUUGAUCGAAUCCUAGGGGCUUAACUGCAGGUAUACUGAGGCAUUGACAGUGAGGAGCUUGAUUCAGGCAUUGAGUUUCUGUAGCUCUCCAGUGUUGGGGAGAGCUGCUUUGCACCCUGGAAAAAGACCAUAGCACAUGGUCCGCAAUAAGACCGUUUAUUGUACGACCAAAAUAUGACCAUAACCUCUGCCUCAGUUAACGCAGUCUGCAAGAGAAUAUCCACUCUUUUUGACAGCAUGUGCACAGUGCUAAUCCCUUAAUGCUAGAAUCCUAUUAAAUGCUGUGGAUGGAUAGUUAUCAAUACUGUGAGAAAUAACAAGAUGUAUAUGCUAAUAUAUAUAUAAUACAGUAGUUAUUGGACUCCUAUAGAACUACUUUGAUCUAAAAUAGUAGGUAGCUGUUGGAAGGGCAAAUAGGAAAGCAACCCAAUGCAUAAAGUACAAAUUAGCCAGUACAUGCAGACGAUGGAGCAAGUUCUUAAUCAGAAAUGAUGGGUUCCAAGGAAGUGUCAACCUUUGUCAGGCUAGGAGCUAAGUGACCAUAAGGACCAUUGUGCUACAGAGUUAAAGACUGUUCUGAGGGGAAGGGUCACUUGUUGGAAAUUUUCUAGGGAGACAGGAUUGCAGAGUAGUGACUCUGUGGAGGGAGUCUUGAUGUGUAGCCUUCCUAGAUAAGGCUGAGAGAAGAGCUGUGUGUGCAUACAGUCUGUUUUGUUAGGUCAUCACUGAAAUGGUUUAUUUCUAAGCAGGUAGUUUGCUUUAAGAAAACUAUCUUGUCACUGCAUUGACCAGUGUUAGUGUUUCAAAGCAAAGGGCUUGGAGCCAGCAGUUUCAAAUCAGACUUGCAGAGGGAAUCAUGAUUAGUACCACAGAACCAGGAUUUUUCAUAUCCAGGUUGUUCCCAACCAAUUUAUUUCACAGUAGAACAAGCUGCUUGGCUGUUAAAAGAUGUCACUGCUCCAAUCAACUGGAGUAUAGCCAUGGUCAUAGUGUCAUAGAGAAGCAGGGCUGGAAGGGGCCUCCGGAGGUCAUCUAGUCCAACCUUCUGCCUGAGGCAGGAUCAUCCCUAUCUAAACCAUCCCAUACAACCUAAUCAUCAAUCAGUCUGACAGCUGAUUGGAGAAGUGGCACUCUGAAAUAAUAGCUACAGUGAACUGUCAACACACCUCUGAAGUCCCAUGUACCUACAUAACUCCAUAAAUUUGCCAAUGCUUAUCUUCACAUGGGGGGUUGGCAUUUAACAGUGCAAAGAAUCAUAGUUCUACCGUACUAGGGCCUGGUACCCAAGGGCCUGCUCUGGGAGUAGGAAACUCAUGAUUCCUCUGAGGCAUCCAAUGGCUAGAGUUAUCAAGGCAAGAGCUUCAGUUUGUCCCCUGCUUUUGAUGUGAUCCAUCUCUGCUUAACAACAGGUUUACACGUGACCUUACAUUACCUCUUAGCAUACUUUUAUUUGUAGUGUUCAUUCAAAAAUACAGUUUUGCAUUCUGUUUAC